AUGCGUUGUUGGAUUCAGGCCCUGAUGGCCGGCCUUGCGGCUUCGGUUGCGUUGAACUAUGGCAUGGGCGACGAUGUCCCGCCGGCGCUGAUUGCCAGCGAAGGCGCAACGCUCGCCCCACGACCCGAGGCGGGUGAGUUCGAGGACCUUGUUCCAUUCACCGUGAACGUGUCGGCACAUCUCGUCGCCACCCCGGGCGGCAAGCAUCUCAGCGAAAAGGCUCUGGACGGGCAGAUGGACAUCAUCAAUCGCAGCUUCGCGCCGCACAACAUAUCCUUUGCUCUUGUCGAGACGGAGCACAUCAUCGACACCCUUUGGGGCCAGGGCAUCGAUGAGAUGCGCAUGAUGUGGAAAUCCAACCGCGGCGAUGCCCGCACGCUCAACCUGUACUUUAUCGAGCGCUUCAGCGACGAUCCGACGACAACGGGCCUCUUGUACUCGCCGGAUCGGAUACCCCGGGACCUGGGCACGUACAGGGUCGACGGCGCCAUCAUCGCAGCUCACACGGUCCCCGGCGGGCCGGGAUGGGAUGCCGCCACGUGGGAGGGCAAGGCGGCGGUCCGUGGCAUCGGAUACUGGCUCGGGCUGCUCGGAACGUCCCGCGUAAGGUGCAGCGGCCAGGGCGACUAUGUGGAUGAUACGCCGGCUGCAAUGAGGGAUGAGUCACUUGGCAUCUGCCCUGUCGGUCUGGACUCGUGCCCGGAUCAGCCCGGCCUCGACCCCAUCCACAACUUUAUGAGCCCUACCAGCGACUCCUGCAAGACCGAGUUCACACCCGGCCAAGGCCGCCGGAUGCACAAGCGAUGGCGAGCUCUCCGCGAACCGCACCGCGUCCCGACGACCCCUCCCCUAGCGCCCAUCACGCCCCUCAAGAGAGAGACAGAGGGAAAGCUGCCGUACUACGCGAAGCCCAAGAGCAUGAUGGCGGCGCUGGUGGAGUGCCUGCCGCACGAGGCCAACGUGACGCUCGAGACGCGCGAGGACCACUGCAGCACCUUCAUCUACUGCUACUUUGGCACCUGGAAGGCGGCCAACACGGGCGAGAAGUACACGAGCAACAACACGUGGAUCGAGUGCGAGAAUGCGCGGGUGCAGCCGCAGACCGACGAGGAGGCCGGCAUCACGGACUCAGAGAGUGAGAGUGAGAGUGAGAGUGAGCUGGCGGAGAGGCGGAGGCGGUCGCUUGACGACGAUUUGGCUUCUUGGUGGUGGGCGUAUUGGAAGAACGAAGUCUAUCACUUUUAG